CGCCUGGGAAACAGCGUGACAACAAGAUGGCGGCGCCGCGGGACGGCUCUGUGGCCCUGCUUGGGAGUUCCUGACAACCAGAAUCUAGAAGUAGAAGUAUGAGCUCACCUUUGGCUUCCCUUGGCAAGACCCGGAGAGUGCCUCUGCAGUCGGAGCCUGUGAACCCAGGGAGACGAAAUUUAAAAGUCUAUGGAGAUGAAGAUGAGGUGGACGUGCUGAGUGAUGGACACGAGUCAGAAGAAAAGAUCGUUGUUCCUGCCUGCUAUGGACGCAUAGGUGCCCCUGUGAGUAGGCAAGUCCCUGUUUUACACGACUCAGAGCUGACAACCAGCCUGAUGAGCAACAUGAAGGACCUGGAGCGGCAGGUGAAGGCCCAGACUGACGAGAUGCUGACCAAGGAUCGGAAGAUCCAGGCCCUGGAGGAGUUGGUGCAGACUCUGCAGGAGCACCAGGGCAAGGCCACCGAAAAGCGGCAGAAGGAGCUGGAGAGCCUGUGUGCGAGCCUGCAGCGGCAGGUCGGGGAGAUGGAGAGGUUCCUUGGUGACUAUGGCCUCAAGUGGGUGGGCGAGCCAGUGGACCAGGAAGACUCAGAGGACAGGACAGACUCAGAGGAUGACGAGAGGGACUGGAUGACCACCAAGAAGUUCUGGAAGCCAGGGGACUCGCUGGCACCCCCAGAGGUGGACUUUGACAGGCUGCUGGCCAGCCUGAAGGAUCUCAGUGAGCUGGUGGUGGAGGGUGACACCCACGUGACGCCGGUUCCUGGGGGUGCGCGGCUCCGCACCCUGGAGCCCAUCCCGGUGAAGCUCUACCAGAAUGGCAUCGUCAUGUUUGAGGGGCCCUUCCGGCCCUUCUGUGAUCCUGCCACACAGCGCUGCCUCCGAGACAUUUUCGACGGCUUCUUCCCCUCAGAGCUCCAGCGCCUGUACCCCGAUGGGGUUCCCUUUAAGGUGAGUGACCUACGCAAUCAGGUCUACCCAGAGAAUGGGCAAGACCUGUUCCCCGGAGAGGGGCGCACGGUGGGCCGGACCAUUCGCAAGGCCUCAGACAAGAUGGAGCACCCAGGCUCCGGGAUGACCGCUGAGAAGUUUCUGAACAGGCUUCCCAAAAUUGUGAUCCGGGAAGGCAAGGUGGUUGAUAUCCGGGGCCCCAUCCGUGACACCCUGCAGAACUGCUGCCCUCUGCCUGCCCGGAUCCAGGAGAUUGUGGUGGAAACGCCUGCCUUGGUUGCUGAGCGAGAGAGGAGCCAGAAGGCGCGAGAGUUGCCCUCUCGCCCACUCUCCAUGCUGCGAAUCAAGUCUGAGAAUGGAGAGCAGGUCUUCCUGCUGAUGAUGAGGCCGGAGGACACUGUUGGGGACGUGCGGACCCUGCUCGCACAGGCCAGGGCUGUGGACGCUGCGGCCUUCGAGAUCUUCAGCACAUUCCCGCCCAUGGUUUACCAUGAUGACGCGCUGACGCUGCAGGUGGCCGGCCUGGUCCCCAAUGCAGUGCUGCUGCUGCGUCCACGCAGGAGCCAGCUGCCCGCCCCCAGCCCCAAAUAA